AUGUUGAGGAAGAUGGGCAGAAGGUUCUCAGUGUCUGCGCGUCGUCUGGUGGAUAAAGCGGUCAGCAGGAGGAAGAAGAAGAGAACGAAUCAGCCGCAGCAGCCACCAGGAUCAUUCCCAACCUUUCCAGCGUCGCUGUCGUCUCCGCCGUCUCCGCCGUCCGCCAUGGCCGGUGGGCACCAGGCCCCUUUCCUCUUCCCUGCGUCGAAUUCCUCCGUUCUCCCCGAUCCCUCCGCCUUCUUCGCCCCUCAUCUGCUUUCCUCCCCGCUUCCCACCAAUUCUUUCUUCCAGAACUUCGUCCUCAGAAAUGGCGACCAACCGGAGUACAUCCACCCCUACCUCAUCAAGUCCUCCGGCUCCUCCCUCACAGUCUGCUACCCCUCCCGCUUCGUCGCCCCGCUCUUCAUCUACCAGACCUUCACCGCCGACCUCACCAUCUCCGCCACCGCCGCCAACGGCAGCGGCGGCGCCAGGCACGUCGUUUCUGCCUUCGAUGCUCUCAGCGUGACCCUCGAUCUGCCGCCCCUCCGCUUCUUCCUCGUCCGUGGCAGCCCAUUCGUCACCUGCGCCACCACCACCGCCACCGCCCCCGUCUCUCUCUCCACCGUCCACGCGAUCCUCUCAGUCACCUCCAAUCCCAACCACACCAAACACGUCGUCAAGCUGAACAGCGGCCAGACCUUCCUCUGCUACUCGUCCUCCCCGCUCCGCCUCACCCGGUCCUCCCCCUCCGUCCUCAGCUCCGGCGAGGGCUUCGCCGGCGUUCUGCGCGUCGCCUACCUCCCUAGCCCCAGCUGCGAGCCGAUCCUCGACCGCUUCAGCUGCUGCUACGCCGUCUCCGGCGAGGCCCUUCUCACCCGGGCCUUCUCUGUGGAGUACAGGUGGGAGACCAAGGGCUGGGGGGAGCUCCUCCUCCUGGCUCACCCGCUCCACCUGAAGCUCCUCUCCCGCAGCGGCGGCGGCGCCGUGCUGGAGGAGUUCAGGUACAGGAGCAUCGACGGGGAGCUCGUCGGCGUGGUGGGGGACUCGUGGGUAUUGAAGACGGACCCGAUCCCCAUCACCUGGCACUCCAUCGGAGGCGUCGCCGAGGUCGGCUUCCCGGAGAUCGCUGCCGCCCUGAGGAAGGACGUCGGCGAGCUCGCCGCCAAGCCCAUCGCCACCACCUCCUCCUACUUCUUCGGGAAGGCCGUCGCUCGCGCCGCCAGGCUGGCUCUGAUCGCGGAAGAGGUUUCCUGCCACGAGCUCAUCCCGGCGGUGAGGAGCUUCCUGUCGGCGGCGAUCACUCCAUGGCUGGAGGGGACCUUUGCUGGCAACGGGCUCCGCUACGACCGCCGGUGGGGCGGCGUCGUCUCCGAGCAGGGCCUCGCCGACGCCGGUGCGGACUUCGGGUUCGGCAUCUACAACGACCACCAUUACCAUCUGGGCUACUUCCUCUACGCCAUGGCCGUGCUGUCGAAGCUCGAUCCGGCGUGGGGAAGGAAGUACAUGCCACAGAGCUACGCCAUGGCCGGCGACUUCAUGAACCUCUCCAAGAAGAAGACCUCCUCGAGCUUCCCCAUGCUGCGCUGCUUCGACCUGUGGAAGCUGCACUCGUGGGCCGGGGGGCUAACGGAGUUCGCCGACGGUAGGAACCAGGAGAGCACUAGCGAGGCUGUGAACGGGUACUACGCGGCGGCGCUGCUGGGGAUGAGCUACGGCGACACCCACCUCGUCGCUGUGGGGUCGACGCUGGCGGCGCUGGAGAUCGGCGCCGCCGCGACCUGGUGGCACGUGAAGGAGGGAGGGGGCAUCUACGAGGAUGAGUUCAGCAGGGAGAACCGGGUGGUGGGGGUGCUGUGGGCCAACAAGAGGGACGGCGGCCUCUGGUUCGCGCCGCCGGAGUGGAAGGAAUGCAGGCUGGGGAUCCAGGUGCUGCCAUUGUUGCCCAUCACGGAGCUCCUGUUCAGGGACGUUGGGUUUGUGAGGGAGCUGGUGAGGUGGGCGUCGCCGGCGCUGGGGAGGGAAGGCGUUGGAGAAGGAUGGAAGGGCUUCGUCUACGCGCUGGAGGGGGUCUACGACACGGCGGCGGGGCUGGAGAAGACCAGAGCGCUGUCCCAGUUCGACGACGGGAACUCCCUCUCGAAUAUGCUCUGGUGGCUCUACAGCAGAAGAAAUGGGAGCCAUGGGAGAGGCUGCUGGUUCAGUCUCUAUCACCAGUGA